UUUUUUUCCUCCUGUGGCUCAUAACUUGCAUUUCUCUCCCCCACGUUGUCUAUCCGCCUCUCUAUCGAUUUUCUUUUCCUACUCCCGGUCGGUCAUCAGUCACAUUUCUUGAGCAUUUACCGUGUGCAGAGCCCUGUACGGUGUAGAGUUCAGUAUGUCGGAGUUGGUGGACACCUUCCCUCGCCACAAGGAGCUCAAUUCUAGAGGAAGUUUCUAGUUUUUCCAUCUUGUGCCAGAUGCAGGUGCUGCUCAAAAAUCUGUGCCUCGACUUCUGGUGGUGACUGGGGAUUGAGACUCUGGGAUACAAUGUCAACCCUUCGGGUCCGAACAAAGAAAAAACCAGCCCCUUUUGACCAGUCUCCUGACAAUCUUCCAUUGAGGAGUUCCGGAAGACAGGUGAAGAAAAAAGCCACGGAAGCAGCGGAUGACGAGGACGACGCCUCGGAGAAGAAGUACAGGAAGUGUGAGAAGGCGGGGUGCACCGCAACGUGUCCUGUCUGCUUCGCUAGUGCGGCCGAAAGGUGUGCUAAAAAUGGCUACACCUCGCGGUGGUAUCACCUGUCCUGUGGGGAACACUUCUGCAACGAAUGCUUUGACCACUAUUAUCGAAGCCAUAAAGACGGUUAUGAUAAAUACACUUCGUGGAAGAGGAUCUGGACUAGUAAUGGCAAAAGCGAACCCAGCCCCAAAGCUUUCAUGGCUGACCAGCAGCUUCCAUAUUGGGUGCAGUGCACGAGACCCGAGUGUGGGAAAUGGCGGCAACUGACCAAGGAGAUCCAGCUGACCUCCCAGAUGGCCAAGUCGUACCGAUGCGGCACCAAACCCAACACGUCGGUCAAGAUCGAGGGGCCUGACCAGUGUUCUCUCCCAGAGGAUCUCCGCGUGGCCGAAGUGUCCGACCACUGGUGGUACUCCAUGCUCAUCCUCCCUCCUCUCCUGAAGGACAGCGUGGCGGCCCCCUUCCUCUCCGCCUACUACCCCGACUGCGUGGGCAUGAGCCCUUCCUGCACCAGCACGAACCGGCUGCUCGGCGAGGGCCACCCCAUCAAGCUGGAGCACUGCAAGGCCGUCCCUAACGUGGUCGUUGCAGGGAUGAACCGGUACUUUCAGCCUUUCUACCAGCCCAACGAGUGUGGGAAGGCUCUCUGCGUACGGCCCGACGUGAUGGAACUGGACGAGCUCUAUGAGUUCCCGGAGUACUCCCGCGACCCGACCCUCUAUCUGGCCCUGAGGAACCUCAUCCUCGCUCUGUGGUAUACGAACUGCAAGGAAGCCCUCACCCCACAGAAGUGCACUCACCACAUCAUCGUCCGAGGGCUGGUGCGCAUUCGCUGUGUACAGGAGGUGGAAAGAAUACUUUAUUUUAUGACCAGGAAAGGGCUCAUCAAUACCGGGGUUCUGUCGGUCGGCCCCGACCAACAUCUCCUCCCCAAAGACUACCACAGCAAAUCCGUCAUCGUCGUCGGGGCUGGUCCCUCGGGAUUAGCGGCUGCUAGGCAACUGCAAAACUUCGGCAUUAAGGUCAUGAUCCUGGAAGCGAAAGACAGAAUUGGCGGCCGGGUGUGGGAUGAUAAAUCCUUCAUCGGGGUCACGGUGGGACGGGGGGCCCAGAUCGUCAACGGCUGCGUCAACAACCCGGUGGCGUUAAUGUGCGAGCAGCUCGGCAUCAAGAUGCACAAACUGGGGGAAAGGUGCGAUUUGAUCCAAGAAGGAGGGCGGAUAACUGACCCCACUCUCGACAAGCGCAUGGACUUCCACUUUAACGCCAUCUUGGAUGUGGUAUCCGAGUGGAGGAAAGACAAGACUCAGCUUCAGGACGUCCCUCUGGGAGAAAAGAUCCAGGAGAUCUACAAAGCCUUCAUUCAGGAGUCGGGCAUCCAGUUCAGUGAACUGGAGGAAAAGGUGCUUCAAUUUCAUCUCAGUAACCUGGAAUACGCCUGUGGCAGCAACCUCUACCAGGUCUCUGCCCGCUCGUGGGACCACAACGAGUUCUUUGCCCAGUUCGCUGGAGACCACACACUUCUGACACCAGGGUAUUCUGCUAUUAUUGAUAAAUUGGCUGAAGGUCUGGACGUUAGGCUUAAAUUUCCAGUCCGGAGCGUCGACUACAGCGGGGAAGAAGUCCAGGUCACCACCGCGGAAGGCACGGUUUGGACGGCUCAGAAGGUUCUGGUCACGGUGCCCCUGGCCCUGCUUCAGAAAGGGGCCAUCCAGUUCACCCCGCCGCUGCCGGAGCGGAAGGCCAAGGCCAUCAACAACCUAGGGGCGGGAGUCAUCGAGAAGAUUGCCCUGCAGUUUCCGUACCGAUUUUGGGACAGCAAGAUCCAGGGGGCUGAUUUUUUCGGGCACGUCCCCCCCAACUCCAGCAAGCGCGGGCUGUUCGCCGUGUUCUACGACAUGGAUCCCCAGAGUCAGACGAGCGUGUUGAUGUCCGUGGUGAGCGGGGAGGCCGUGGCUUCCAUCGGGAACCUGGACGACCAGCAGGUCCUGCAGGAGUGCAUGGCGACCCUCCGGGAGCUGUUCAAGGAGCAGGAAGUUCCGGAUCCCGUGAAGUUCUUCGUCACCCGCUGGAGCCAAGACCCGUGGAUCCAGAUGGCCUACAGCUUUGUGAAGACGGGAGGGAGCGGGGAAGCCUACGACAUCCUCGCCGAGGACGUCCAAGGGACAAUCUUUUUCGCCGGCGAGGCUACCAACAGGCACUUUCCACAGACCGUGACGGGAGCGUAUCUGAGCGGCGUCCGAGAAGCCAGCAAGAUAGCGGCCUUUUAGAUCGGAUCCCCUCCGUCCCGCCCGCGGUCUCUUCCUCCGGCCGGCCCCCCCUCGGCGUUGGCCGCCGGCCCCCUUCCCGCUCGGAGCCCGGACGUCCCGAGUCGAGAGGCCCCCGACGCGCGGGACCGCUGACCUCGGGAGGGACCGUUGGCACCCGGGCUGGGCCUCGCACCUCUCUCCCACCUCCGCCUCUCGCCCCAGGACUCGGCUCUCGGGCCGCUGCCCACGGGAGGGAGUAAAAUCGUUGAAAAGGGAGGAGGGGCCGAGGCAGUCGGAGACCGCGCGCAACCCAACGUCCUCUUCGGGGACGUGAAUCCUCAGUUUGCAGCCGGGCCUUUUCGGAUGGUCUCCCCGGCCGGGCCGGGUUGGCUCGGGCAGGCGGAGCCGCUCUUCGGAGCCGACGCCCAUCUUGGCUCGGGGGAACAGGCCGAAAACCCUCUGAACCACCUCAUUCUCGGCUGCUCGUUCGGAGGGAGCGUACCUUUCAGCUUAUGCCUUCUGUGGUUUGAAAGAAGGAAAAGAACGGCAUUUUCAAACUCCUCGGCGAUGGGAGAUUCCAAAGCACACGUUUCCCAAACCACUGGCUGGCUUGGGGGCGGGGGGGGGGAAUCGUCCGGCUAGAACAGGGAGAGGCAAGGGGGUGACCCAAAGGCCCUGGACGCUUCCGUCCGGGCCGAGCCAGCCUGGGAGGGGUCGGAGCCGCCCCCCCCCCCCCCCCCCAUCCUCGGCGUCGGGGGUGACGGGGCGGAAAGUUCCUCGUUUGGAGCCGGCCCGAAGACCUCUUCUCUGCUUUGCCACCUGGAGAUAGCGGGGACGGUUUCCACUGCGAUGGGGGGGGGGGGCCCUCUGCCUCUCUGAACACGCACAAUUCGGGAGGUUCACGGGCAGAUAGGAAACAUUAAGUAGGGAGAGAACUAUUGAAGCGACCUAGAGCGAAGAAGGGUCACCAAAGGUGACGGCGGUGGUGAUUUUUAAAUAAAAGGGUAACGGAGCUUUUUGAAGGAACUAGAGCUAGAACAGCUCGGAGUAUUCCACGGGCAGGGCCGGUGGAAAACGGCAGAAGAAACGUGGAAGACUUUCCCGGCCAUUUUUACAGAUUUUUUUUUUUUAAAACCCUGGGGUUGUUUUUCCCCUUCCCGGGACGUAUGGUUUAAUCUUAGGAAAUCGAGUCAAACUGUUACGACGAUUGGUUUCUAGGAUCUUUUUUAACUCUAUAACCUUCCAAAGUAAAAGAAUUCGCUUUCGGGAACCCAGCAAGAUGAGUUAAAUGACAAAGCGGGCCUUCGAAUUACCGUUCUUCUGCCGUCAGCCGCGGUUGAAAAAUGCAGUUGUGAUUUAGAGCGAGUUCACGGCUCCGUCGGACCGGCGGAAGAGACAUCGGUCAGUGUCGGCCGUGACUCCGCUCUCGGGUUUUUAAAUCGACGAUUAAUUGCUUCUGGUUUGUUGUUUUCGGAAACUGAGGUGAGACGAUGAUAAAAGCUGGUUGUGGAAAACAGUCCAUUUUGUAAAUGGUUUUAACUAGGCUUUGACUUUAUCCCAGGAAAGGGGCAAUUGAGGUUGAACUGUUUCAGUUUCUUCUCCAAAGUUUAUGUGGGAAACUUAAAGAAUAAUACGUAGAAGAUAAAUCUAAAUGGGAAAUCACUGGUACCAAAUCAGAAUGUACUCCACCUUAAGCUAUUUAGCAUUAAAAUGAAUGUUAGGGAGAUAAAUGCCAAGCAUUAUGUCAAUACUAAAAUGUAAUCCAUAAUAAAUAACUAAAUUAUUAUUAUUUUGGUAUAAAGGCACUUAAAACUGCACUCUGGGGCAGUUCUGAUGUGGGGAAAACAUGCUUAGAGGGAGGUAUAGCACAUGACUACAAUUUAAAUAUUCAUGUAAGCUCCUCAAGGGCUAGGAACUGACUGUGAGGCCCUCCUCAGCUAAGGAAAAAUACUAAGAUCCCUUAGCAUAAACCUCAGAGUUCAUUUUGAGCAUGUUUUUCCAUCCUGUCUGUAAAGACUUUUUUUGUAAAUAAGCAAGGGAUAUGCUUUUUUUAAAAAAAGGAAAAUGGAAUAUUAUUGUUUGAAUGCACAGCAUGACCUGUUAAAUCGUAACUGUGAUUGUAAUAAGGAUGCAAAAUAAAACUGGAAAGAAUGCUA